AUGCCUCCUGUCCAACAAGUGUAUGCUCAGCACCAACCUUCCAAUUGGGAAAAGUUUAAAAUGGGUCUUAUGAUGGGUACUGCAGUGGGUGUUUGUACUGGUAUCCUCUUUGGUGGAUUCGCCAUUGUUACCCAGGGACCAGGCCCGAAUGGGUAUAUCAGAACGUUGGGUCAAUAUAUUGCAGGUUCUGCUGCAACCUUUGGCCUUUUCAUGAGUAUCGGCUCAAUUAUCAGAAGCGAAACAGGAGAAAGGGAUUUGACAGCUCAGAAAUACAUGGAAAUGCAGCAGAGGGCAAGAUUUGAGAUCUGGAAAGCCAAAGAAAAGUAUGGGCUAUAUAGAAAGAGCCCAUCGCAAUAA